ACGAACAUUGUCUUAUAGACUCGGAUAUUUCUUGGAAAAACAAGGGCAAUCUUGUACGGGAAGUUCAACCCCUCCAUUUUCUUAUAUUCCUUCCUCUCAGAACACCAUAAUUUCCAUGUAUUCCCCAUCUUCUUCUCUCUUCUUGAUCUAAAUUCCCAAUCCAAAAAAAAAAGAGAAAACAGCAACCAUGGAUGUAGAACAAGAAGAAUUGCAGUUCCUAGGUCUAUUCGGCAUCUUCAACGAAUCAUACAAGAUCAUAAUCUCAUGGAGGAAGAUCUUCAGCCAAAUCACCUUGUCUUUGAUCCUCCCUCUGGCUUUCAUAUUCCUAGCCCACAUAGAAGUUUCUCAAAGCCUCCGCGGAAAGAUCAUGACCAACGAAACCGACAUGAUGGAGACGGACGUCGGCAGCCGGCAAUACAACAGGCUAAACCACAUCCUUGCCUCCGAAUGGAGCGCUCUCUUCCUCAUCAAGGCCCUUUACUUCACCUUCUUCCUCAUCUUCUCUCUCCUUUCCACCUCCGCCGUGGUCUACACCAUAGCCUCCAUCUACACCGGCCGAGAAGUGUCCUUCCGGAGGACCAUGAGCGUCGUUCCCAAAGUCUGGAAGAGAGUCAUGGCCACGUUUUUGUGUACUUUCCUAGCCUUCUUCGCCUACAAUGUCCUCGCCUUCUUCGUCAUGAUAAUAUGGGUCAUUUUAGGAGGUUUCAAUUACGGUCUGUUUGUAACCGGUCUGUUUCUUUUGUUGGUCGUGUACUUUGCGGGUAUCCUGUACAUGACGUUUGUUUGGCAUUUGGCUGGCGUGGUGUCCGUGCUAGAAGAUGUUAAAGGUUUCCAAGCUAUGAAUAAGAGCCAGGCUUUGAUGAAGGGUAAGAUGGGAAUUGCAAUUUGCAUAUUUAUCAUCCUCGGCUUGCUCUCGUUCGCCGUGCAGUUUGCGUUUCAGAAUCUGGUGGUGCACGCAGCGUCGGUUGGAAUGGUAGCUAAGGCAUUUUAUGCGAUCUUGUGCUUUUUGUUGCUGGUGAAGUUGUUUUUGUUUGGUUUGGUCAUCCAAACGGUGCUUUACUUCGUCUGCAAGUCUUACCACCAUGAGAAUAUUGACAAGUCGGCUUUGUCGGAUCACCUUGAAGUUUAUUUAUUGGGUGAAUAUGUUCCUUUGAAAUCCAAAGAUAUUCAGCUCGAACAAGUUUAAGUUUGAUCGAUAAACUUGUUGAUUGGGAAUUAGUUACUAUUACCAUAUGGUUUUGUAACUUUGUAUACUUAUCAUAAAGGGAUUAUGUUAAUUUUCGGGAUAUGUAUUUCUUUUGAAUUA